AAAGCGAUAAGUGUCUCCAAGAAUGACGGGGAUUUUCGCCUUGACAUCUCAAACUUUAUCUUCAAUAGAUUGCUGAAAAGGUUUUCACACAAGAACACGUGUUUAGAAGUGGUGAAACGGAACGGCACUUUUGCCUUCCUAUAAGCUUUCACCACCCCGACUCGUUAACGACAAUGCCAUGACAGGAAAUCUAUUCGUUUCCCCUCAAGGUCAGAUUAGCCAUAUACAAGGUGAAAGAGAUGUUUAGGUUGAGUUUCAAUGGCCUUUUUUCAAUGACCCGCAUUGUGUGAAAGUCAGCGAUUUGCACAGCCAUAGUGUUAAUGGUACAUUUAGUAGGCCUAAAGAAAACAGCCUUGGUUAGUUUCAGUAUUCAGAUAGGAAGAAAGCUUGAAUUUCUGCAUGUGCACUAUAUUGUAAACUAACAGGUUUGCAGAUAAAACAGUAGUUUGAUUAGCAAAGGUUUUAGGCCACCAAAGAGGGAAACAAGUAUGGCUCUUGUAUCCGAGGACAAAACAAUCGUUCUGAUCACCGGCUGCUCCUCUGGUAUUGGUUUUGCAACCGCUGUUCUCCUAGCGAAAGAUCCGGAGCGUAAGUUUUGCGUGUACGCCACAAUGCGAAACCCCACCGCGGACAGAAGGGGGCCGCUCGAGGCUGCAGUCGGGGGAGAGAGCGGUGGGUUCCUCGGUGAGACGCUGUUCGUCCGAGGACUCGACGUCGGCCAGGACGGGGACCAACAGGGCGUGGUGGACUGGAUCGUGGAAAAGGAAGGCCGCAUCGAUGUUCUGGUGAAUAAUGCUGGAGUAAUGAUUUGGGAAACCGUGGACUCGCUGCCGUCUCUUGACCAGGCCCAGGCUUUGUUUGACGUCAACUUCUGGGGGACAGUGCGGAUGAUUCGGGCCGUCCUUCCCUCUAUGAAGUCUCGGAAAGCUGGAAGGAUCGUCAACAUCUCGAGUUUCUUCGGCAUCGACAGUAAGGUCCUCCGUUCCAGUCGUUCUAUGCAGCCAGUAAAUUUUCAGUCGAGGCUAUUACUGAAUCUCUCGCACCUGUUCUCAGACUUUAUAAUAUCUGGGCAGUGCUUGUGGAGCCAGGGUUAGUGAAAACCAACAUGACCAAAUCCGUGGAGAAUCCGAUGCAGUUCUUAACAGACACGCCGAAAGCCGCCGGCUUUGACGACGUCACCAGUGCCGCCUUCCA